CGCGCUUCGAGAGCAUCCAACACGUGGGCGCCAAUUCUAAACGAUUCUAUUUGAGGUAAGUUAUCUUGCUUCUUAAUUGAUACCAAGACCAUUGAAAAAACCUCCGCGAAGACAUUAGCUUUGGACACCAUCUCGUACACUCUUUCCAGGUCGUUGGCUGUUCUGAAGUUUGGAGAAAGAGAAAAUGGCGGAUCCUGGGGAGUACCGAUUGGAAACAAUGACGACGCAGAAGACUUCAGUCCAAGCCCAAGCCAAUGCCGUCGUAGUGGAAGACUUGUCUAGCAAGAUGAACGACGAGCAAAUUCUAGCUCACUUUGGAAAGCGACAGCAGUUCAAGAGGAACUUUGGCUUGAUCUCAAUUCUUGGUCUAGGAUGCACCCUCAUGCUCACAUGGGAGGGAUCCGUUGCAAAUCUCCUUCCCCCGCUCAUCAAUGGGGGGCCGACUGGCGCUAUAGCCGCUUUCCCAGUUGUUAUGUUUGGCGUUUUCUUGCAGAUCUUGGUGAUGGCUGAGAUGGCGUCAAUGAUUCCCCUUUCUGGGGGCCAGUAUAACUGGGUAGCAAUUCUUGCACCCCAGAGUUGUUCGAACUUCCUUUCAUAUACUACGGGGUGGAUUACCGCUAUUGCCUGGCAAGCUGCCGCUGCCUCGGCCACCUGGAUUGAUGCUACACUCCUACUCACUAUCGUUUCGGUCAACUACCCUUCCUACAAUAUGCAGAUGUGGCAUGCCGUUCUCAUUUUCUAUGCCAUUAUUGCACUCGCAGUGUUUGUUACAACAUAUUUGGGGAGAAUUUUCCCUUCGCUUGAGGCCAUGGUGCUAGUCCUGCACAUUGUUGGAUUCUUUGCCAUCUUGAUUGUUUUAGUUUAUCUGGCACCUAAAACUCCUAGCGACGUGGUUUUCCAUACGGUCAUCAACGGAGGAGGGUUUAAAACGAACGCAGAGUCCAUCCUCGUUGGGGCAGUGAUUCUGAUGUAUAACUUCAAUGGAGUUGAUGCCGCUACACACAUGGCCGAGGAAAUUGAGAAUGCAGCGGUUGUCAUUCCACGUGCCAUGAUCUUGACGGUCUUCAUCAAUGGCUUUACAGGCUUUGCGAUGCUUAUUGCCUUGAUCUUUUGCAUGGGCCCACUAGAAGAGAUUCUUACAUCAACUUUCCCAUACCCAUUCAUUCUCAUCCUAGGCAGCAUAACCAAUUCGAUGAGUGGUACGACUGUCUUGGCGGCUAUUAUUCUCGUGAUGGGUAUAUCUGCAUCAAUUGGGCUUAUCGCUACCGCGAGUCGCAUGCUGUGGGCAUUUUCAAGGGAAAAUGGAGUACCAUUUUCCAGAUACGUCUCCAGGAUCGAGCCUCGGACUGCUCUUCCCAUCUACUCAAUCGCAAUCACGGCCCUCAUUUCUCUGCUCCUUGCUCUCAUCCCGCUCGGUAGCACAACAGCAUUCUAUGCUCUGACUGGCCUUACUGUUGCAGGCUUUUACUCCUCUUUCAUGGUUUCGGCUUCCGUUAUGCUCUGGCGGAGACUUACAACACCUUCCGCAAACAUUGCAUGGGGGCCUUUUAGACUUGGAAAAAUGGGGGUACCGAUUACAAUUGUUGCCUUGAUCUACAGCUUCAUAGGAUGGAUUUUUAGCUUCUGGCCUCCAGUAGCGGCCGUGACGAUUCACACUUUUAAUUGGAGCUUGGUCGUGUAUUUCGGAGUGGUGAUUUUGUCGAUGGCAUACUAUGGACUGAGAGCGAGGAAAACGUAUACCGGACCGAAGGUGGAGAUCGAGAACGUUGUUCACGAAGAUGGUAAGGAAUGAUGCGUGGGGGUGAUUUUCGUCGGUGGAAGGAAUCCACUGGUCCGGGGACAGAGUACAAGCCAUCUGCUUUCAAUAGAGGAACUUGGGUCAUUUCCUGCCUCGG